CCCGUUUUUCUCACAGAAAGCAAGGGUUAUUCGAUUCGAAUUCGACUUCCUCGAAACGGAUCUUUUCCGCCCUCGGACUCUCCCCACCCCUUCCUUUUAACGAUGCCCCGCCCUCUCUCGCCCCUCCCCAAGCCAUGCCAAACCCUAGCCCUAGAUCCCCCACCGGGAACCUAACGCUAACCCCGACCCCCGCCUUCGAUUCCAAUCCGUCUUCUCGCUCUCGCUUCGGCGACGGCUGGUUUUUCACGAUCCUGGAGCCGCCAUGAGCUCCCGGGGCCCCGCGGCUGCGCGGCGAUCCGCACCCUUCUUCCACGGUCCGGCGCAGGGGGCCUCCGACCGGGCAACGCCGAUCCAGCGACCGGAGGACCACCCGAAGCUCCCUUGGCGGCCGGAGAUCAACGGAGGGGCGGCAGCGCAGCGGCUGACGAAGCUGCUGCUGAACGUGACGAUCGAGCGGAGCGUGGGGCCGGUGCUCGUGGUGAUGUCGCCCGAGAACACGGUGGCGGAUCUGGUACGGACGGCGGUGGAGACGUACGCCAAGCAGGGCCGCCGACCGCUGCUGUCCCACGCCGAUCCCAAAUCCUUCGACCUCCACUACUCUCAGUAUAGCCUGGAGAGUUUGAAUCCGGAGGAGAAACUGAUCAGCUUGGGAUCUCGAAGCUUCUUCUUGUUCUCGAAGCCAAAGAUGGUGGUGGGCUGAAUGAUGGAGCAAAGAAGAUGCCGGUGGCUGCCGUGAUGUCGCGUUGAUUUUAGAAUUUUUGAGUAGUUGAAUAUCAAAUUAGACAUGGAAUUUCCGAAAAUUUUCUGGAUCUAUUCUUGAGUUUUGGGCUGCUGAAAGAUGUUAUGUUGGUUCAUAUUAUUGGAAUAUUUAUAAUAGGUGAAUGGGAAUUUAGAAUAAUUUCAGA